AGGGAUUUUCUUCCACGAGGUUCUGGAAUUGUAACAAGACGACCAUUGGUUUUGCAACUCAUCACUGCCAAAACAGAAUAUGCUGAAUUUCUACACUGCAAAGGGAGGAAGUUUACUGAUUUUGAUGAAGUUCGUCAGGAAAUUGAAGUAGAAACAGAUAGAGUAACAGGAGUGAACAAAGGCAUUUCUUCAGUUCCUAUUAAUUUAAGAAUAUAUUCUCCACAUGUAUUAAGCCUGACUCUUAUUGAUUUGCCGGGAAUCACUAAAGUGCCAGUAGGGGAUCAACCUCCAGAUAUUGAGCAACAGAUCAGAGACAUGAUAAUGCAGUUCAUCUCUCGAGAAAACUGUCUGAUACUGGCUGUGACUCCAGCUAACACUGAUCUGGCCAACUCAGAUGCACUGAAGUUAGCUAAGGAAGUGGACCCUCAAGGCCUUAGGACCAUCGGUGUGAUCACAAAAUUGGAUCUCAUGGAUGAAGGAACAGAUGCAAGAGAAAUUCUGGAAAAUAAACUACUCCCUCUUCGUAGGGGUUAUAUUGGUGUUGUAAACAGGAGCCAAAAAGACAUUGAUGGGAAGAAGGACAUAAAGGCAGCUCUUCUAGCAGAAAGGAAAUUCUUCCUUUCCCACCCAGCAUAUAGGCACAUGGCAGAUCGGAUGGGAACACCGUACCUCCAGAAAGUUCUGAACCAGCAACUUACCAAUCAUAUUCGGGAUACCCUGCCAGCCUUCAGAAGCAAACUCCAGAGCCAGCUGCUUUCUAUAGAACAUGAAGUAGAGGUAUACAAGAACUUCAGACCAGAAGAUCCAACCAGAAAAACUAAAGCCCUGUUGCAGAUGGUACAACAGUUUUCAGUGGACUUUGAAAAAAGAAUUGAAGGAUCAGGAGAUCAGGUUGAUACACUAGAACUUUCAGGAGGUGCCAAAAUCAAUCGUAUUUUCCAUGAACGUUUUCCUUUUGAACUGGUGAAGAUGGAAUUCAAUGAGAAGGAACUGCGGAGAGAAAUAAGUUAUGCAAUCAAGAACAUACAUGGUAUCAGAACAGGUUUGUUUACUCCAGAUAUGGCAUUUGAAGCCAUUGUUAAAAAACAGAUAGUCAAGCUGAAAGGACCUUGCUUAAAAAGCGUGGAUCUGGUGAUGCAAGAGUUAAUCAACACUGUCAAGAAGUGCACUAAAAAGUUGGCAACAUAUCCGAGGUUGUGUGAGGAAACAGAAAGAAUUGUUGCUGGCUACAUUCGUGAAAGAGAAGAGAAGACGAAGGAUCAGGUGCUGCUGCUGAUUGACAUCCAGGUUUCUUACAUCAACACCAACCACGAAGACUUCAUUGGCUUUGCAAAUGCCCAACAAAGAAGCAGUCAGGUUAACAAAAGUGCAGUGGGAAAUCAGGGAACCAAUCUACCGCCUUCAAGGCAAAUUGUGAUCCGGAAAGGCUGGCUGACCAUCAACAAUAUUGGCAUCAUGAAAGGAGGAUCCAAGGAAUACUGGUUCGUUCUAACUGCAGAAAGCUUGUCCUGGUAUAAAGAUGAUGAGACUUCUGAGAAGAAGUAUAUGCUUCCUUUGGACAACUUGAAAGUGCGAGAUGUUGAAAAGAGCUUCAUGUCCAGCAAACACAUCUUUGCGUUGUUUAACACAGAGCAGAGGAACGUUUACAAGGAUUACCGUUUCCUUGAGCUAGCCUGUGACUCCCAAGAGGAGGUGGAUAGCUGGAAGGCAUCUCUGCUGCGAGCCGGUGUCUAUCCUGAUAAAUCCUCAGGGAACAACAGAACUGAAAAUGAUGAGAAUGGCCAAGCAGACAAUUUUUCAAUGGACCCUCAGCUGGAGAGACAGGUGGAGACAAUUCGAAAUCUGGUGGACUCCUACAUGUCUAUUAUCAACAAAUGUAUCCGAGAUCUGAUACCCAAAACAAUCAUGCACCUUAUGAUCAAUAAUGUAAAAGAAUUUAUCAACGCAGAGCUCCUGGCUCACUUGUAUUCUUCUGAGGACCAAAACACUCUAAUGGAGGAGUCGGCUGAGCAGGCACAGAGGCGAGAUGAAAUGCUCCGCAUGUACCAAGCACUGAAGGAAGCCCUAGCAAUCAUUGGCGAUAUCAGCACUAGCACUGUCUCAACCCCAGCACCGCCUCCUGUAGACGACUCUUGGCUCCAGCAGGCCCGCAGAUCACCUCCUCCAAGUCCCUCAACUCAGAGGAGGCCUACGUUAAACAAUCCCCCAACCAGACCUUUAUCUGGUCGAGGACCCGCUCCGGCAAUCCCAUCCCCAGGCCCUCAGUCAGGGGCUCCCCCGGUCCCGUUCCGCCCAGGACCACUGCCUCCAUUUCCAAGUGGUGGUGAAGCUCUUGGAGGACCUCCCCAGGUUCCCUCUCGGCCAACCCGGGCUCCUCCCAGCGUCCCAAGCUCUGCAAUGCUACUGUGGAUUGAUGAAGGCUUUCCCAACGAAGUACUGGAGAUUGUUACUCACUUUGCCAGUAAAACAUACAUGACCCUGCAUGAUGUGGAACCCUGGGACCUGGUUAAACAGGGGGCUUGA